GGGAGCUCUCUUAUGCCGCCAACCCGGCCGACCGGCCAGCCGUGCCGGCAACCGCAUCAGCGUUCGUCAUCAGUUCACGGGCCACUCUCGAACCGCGCGGUACUAUUUUCACUCUCGCCGCAGUCUCUUGCUGUGCGUCGGGUGCCACACGACGACGGAAACACGUUCGCAGACGGGGUUCAUGCUGUUAAAAUAAUAUUAUUAUCUGUUAAUAAUAAUACGCGUUUGUUCGUAUUACGAUUUUAUUAAAAAAUAAAUUUUUUUUCGGAUGUUUGAAAGUUCCGUUUCGCCAUCACGCCAACAAUACUACAAUAAUAAUAUUAAUAGUAAUAGUUAUUAUCAUGACGUCUUGUUCGUUUCGACCGUGGAAUAUGCUUAACGCGAUUACCUGCUCUGAUCUUCAUCAAUAAUCGCAUACAUUAUUUUAUUACAAUAUUUUAUUGUUCCGUCAUCGAAUACAGUAAAAAUAACUUUCGACAUCGAUUUCCGUUUUAUUAGUAUUUUUUUUUUUUUUUUUUUGUUAUACAAAUAUAUGAAAUUUGCGAUUGAUUUUGUGGUGUGUCGCUUAUCCGCGCCGUACCGAGAUUGUUAAUAUUUAGUGCAACGAACGAAUACGCCGGCCAUAUUUGUCGGCAUGAAAACCGACAAAGACCGUGUCACAGGUGCUUGAUCGACAAUGAUAAGCGGUGUGCUGUUGAUGGUGGCUGUGAUAUCAGGCAUAGUGUGCGGCGAAACGCCGAGACCGUCGGGCGCUAGAGCCGCGUUCAAGGACGCUGGCCAGGCGGAAAGGCACUUGCUGGCCGCGCUGGGCAUGAAGCGUCGACCGGUGGUGGACAAGUCCAAAGUGGAGAUACCGGCCGCCAUGCUGGAGCUUUAUAGGAUGCAAAUGUCGUACGAAUUCGACACGACGGCUUUACCGUUACCGGGACACCAUGUCAAGUCCGCGAAUACCGCCCGCACGUACUUGCAUAGAGAGUCCGAACCAAAAAAGCCAAAGUGCCGUAAAUACAGGCUACAGUUCGCAGUCGACCCGUUGCCGGAGGGCGAAUGGCUAACCGCGGCUGAGUUGAGGCUGACGCCGUCGCGGCAUCGGCCUGCCGGAAAUCCGGGCCGCGUGCAAGUACUCGUACACGAUAUCGUUCAACCAGGUGUCCGGGGAGUGUCGAAGCCAGUGCUUCGGUUGCUCGACUCGCAGUACGUAGACCUGCCGGACGCGUCGAUAGCGGGACAGGACGGAGAAGCAUCGGUCACGUUAGACGUGACGCCCGCUCUGGAGCGGUGGUCGCAGCACGGUGGCCGGUGGAUGGCCGGCAAUCACGGACUGCUGAUCGAGACGCUCACCGACGGUGGCCCCAACGUCCGGGCCCCAAUACCUGAAACGUUCGAGUUGCGAGCUGCCGACAGGCCUGCGCUGCUCGUGUACUCGGACGAUGGCAAGAACAGCCGUCCCGUCGGCCCGCCACGGCGGAAACGCUCUUCGGGUGCCGGCCAACAGCAACAGGGCAGGAGUGGUGGCGGAAAGCGGCGGAAGGACGGCGGUGGCGGCCGGGACAUCUGCCAGAGGCAUCCGCUGUAUGUGGAUUUCACCGACGUCGGCUGGGACGAUUGGAUCGUCGCGCCACCCGGCUACGACGCUUAUUACUGCCAUGGCGACUGUCCAUUUCCAGUGGCCGAACACCUAAACUCCACCAACCAUGCCAUCGUCCAGACGUUGGUCAACUCCAUGAACCCCACCGCCGUACCCAAAGCGUGUUGUGUACCUACUCAGUUGGCAUCCAUAUCCAUGCUGUACCUAGACGAGGAUAACAAAGUGGUGCUUAAAAACUACCAGGAUAUGCAAGUGCUCGGGUGCGGGUGCAGGUAGGCCUCGGCCUAGACCCAUCACACACACACACACACACACACACACACACACACAACCCAUUCACCCACAAACACAAUAGCGUCGCCCAAAGAUAUUAUUAUUAAUAGUUAUUAGUUAUUAGUUAUUAUUAUUAUUAUUAAAUAUUAAUAUAUAUAUAUAUAUAUAUUUACGUAUAUAUUAUUAUUAUUAUUUUACUAUUGUGCGUUUAUCGAAUGAGGGGGUUUAUCCAUUUUUACGAAUUUUGUUUUUAAUAAAAAUGUUUUCUAUUGUGCGAUUGUUUUACGCGGUAGGUAGGUAGGUAAACGUUUUAUUUGCUAAACUAUAUAUUCCCUCAAUGAAACAUACCUAGACAAAUCGAAUAAUCACCAUUACUGCAGUUGACGGGUUCAUUUAUAGACUAAAAAUAUUUAUACUACUAUUAUGUGUUUUAUGUAAAAAAACACAUCGACGAAGUACAUCCUCUUAAGACGGAUAUAAAAUGGUAUUACGUAAUAUCACAAUCACAUUAGAUAAUAUAUACAUUAUACACUCUUUGGCCACAGACAAGCAUAAAACGAGAUCCCCGACAUAAUCGACAAAUAUAUUUUACAUAUACCUACCUACAUUUACGUAAUUUCAACGUUAAAACGGCUUAAGAUCCAUUUUAUUGGAUAAAUGUUGUAAUCGUAGUAAUAAUAAUUAUGUAGUAUUAAAUUAUUAUGCCAACAUUAUGGACGUGACGAGAAUUUUUUAUUUAACAUAUGGAUACCGUUAACUUUUCCGUAAUAUAAUAUAUUAUUAUUACGUUCAGUCGAAAUUUCAAACGAAUAUAUCUGUUAUUUAGUUUUAAACGCGUAUUACCAGAAAAAUAAAUUCAAUCAUUUUCGGAAUUCGUCGUCUGAUGUCUCUUUAAUAUAGGUAUAUCGUUGUUCGUCGAUUUAAGACAUCGAUUUUUUUUGUUUUUUUAAUGUUGUUUGAGAUUGCCAUAUCUUUUCCCCACCCCUUCUUAAUCGAUUCCAUCACAACCACCGUUUCCGUUUACCGUUAAGUCAUCACCACACUCAUUGAACCCCAAUUCAUAUAAUAUUAUUAUAGUAUUGUGUCCCAUUUUUUUUUUUUUUUUUUUACUUAUUUAUUAUUUUAUAGCUUUUGUACGCCAACCAGUGAACAUAAUAUGUUAUAUAUAUAUAGGUAUAUAUAUAUUAUAUUGUUUUAAACACCAUGCUCAUGUACUAGUCUUUUUUUAUUUAUAAAUUACAUAUUUUUUUCACCCCUACAAUCAAAACCGACCAAAAUAUUACUUUACACAGUUGUUAUAUUAUAUAUUAUACUUACAUUUUUGUUUGUUUAUUUAUUUUAUUAAAUUUUGACUUGUCUCAAUAUGUUACCAUAAUAUUAUUGUCCAUGUAGAUUUAGAUCCGUGUUUUUAUUUAAUGAGUUAUGAGUAAAAUAGAAUACAAUUAUUGAAGAAAAAAGAAAUUCCAAAAUAUCUAUUUUAUACUUCGAAAAGAGUAUCCUAUUUUUUUUUAAAUAUAUUAAAUUGUACAUAUAUUUUUGUAAAUAAUAAAUUCUUGUGUUAAAUGAAU